AAAACACGUGUUGACAGAUGGCGAACAGAACAUAAACAAGCAGCAAGCACAUCGUGUGCUGAUUAAUAUAGUUUUGAAAGUUUUGUGCAUAAAAAUAAGAAAUGCGUCAGAAUACUCCACCUAGACCCGCAGACAUCGAUGAAGAUGCAGAAGAAAUCUACUUGGAUAAUGAUCCUCCACCAGAGGACGAAGAUGACUUAGAAAUGGAGGAAGUUACAUUGGAGGAAUUAGAAGCCCGUUUGGGAAGUGGUGAAUACGGUUCCGAUGAGGAAGAUGAAAGAAAAUCUCCCGUGCAGGAUGAUGCGAUAUACACUUUCCAACAACACGCAGCCCCAGUGUUUGCCUGUGCUUUUCAUCCUCAAAAUGAUUUGUGUGCCACCGGAGGAGAAGAUGACAAAGUUUUUGUUUGGAAUCGAAAUACCGGGGAAGUGAUACACGAAAUCACGGAACACAAAGAUACUGUCAUUGAAGUUCAUUUCAAUCACGAUGGUACAUAUCUGGCUAGUGGUGAUAUGGCCGGUGAGAUAUUCCUGCACAAAAUACAAGAAGGUAGCGAAAAUGGUGAUAAGGAGGGUGGUUUGACUUUACGUAAAGUAUGGGAAUACUCGAUGGGUGACAUGUCAUGGAUGCGUUGGCAUAAGGCCACCAACGUUUUGAUGGCUGGCAGUGAAGAUGGCGAAAUUUACAUUUUCCGAUUGCCAGCUGGCGAUUGCAAAAUCCUACCAGGACAAGGUGUACGCUGUGAGGCGGGUGAUUUGACCAAUGAUGGCAAGAAGUUGUUUGCGGCCUACAAUAAUGGAACUGUGAAAUUGUGGGAUAUUAAGUCCACAACAGCUGUAAUGGAAAUUGACGAACAAAAUCCAAUGGUACAUCAGGAGGGAUCCACCACCGUUAGCUGCGAUAAAGAGUUUCCAAUAUAUGCUUCCGGAGGAGAAAAUGGUAAAAUUGUGUUCAGUACUCCAAAUGGCCCAGUUGGUACGGUUGAUGCGGACGGCGCUGUAGAGUGUAUUGCAUUUUCUCCCUCAGCUGAUUUCCGAAUGGCUGCAAGUGGAACUUUAAGUGGCCAAGUGGCAAUAUGGGACUAUUCGAAAUUGACUUUACGUACGCAAUGUGAUCAUCCUGAUGAAGGCAUUACUAGAAUCCAAUGGAUAGGCGAUUUUACAAUUUUGGUAUCAACAUUACAGGGAAAUGUUAUAGCCUACGAUGCUCGUAGUGGUCAAAAGAAAUUUGCAUUAUCUGGGCAUUUGGCUGAAGUAUAUUCAUUUGCUUACGAUCCCAAAGAAUCAUUGCUGCUGACUGUAUCUGAAGACUGUUCCGCUAAAGUCUUUAAAGUAGAGCAGUUGGUCGAUUAAAAUAGCACCUUUUUGUAUCCUAUAAUCUAUCAUAUAAUAUAUAUUAAGAUCUUUAUUUCAUUGUUUCUGAAGGACGUAUUUUCCCCCAAAUACUACAGAAUCGUGUAAAUAUAUUAAUUAUUAGCUAAUAGCUGAACCACGAAUCAUAAUACUGUUGAACAGUUGGUUCGGCAAAUAACGUUUCUUAUUUAACGUCUUUUUUAGAUAUAAUAACGUUUUGCUGUAGUCUCAGCAAAUAUGUUAAGAAUAAAAAAGUAUUUAUUAAAACGUAAA